AUGUCACCAUUCAGGAGUUUACUUUCGAUCCUGUGUCUCAUCCUGGCCUACUCCUGUGCCCAGGCCUGGAACUUUGCCCUAGAAGGCACGCAAUCGGACAGCCGGGAGAACUUUUCAUCUCUUGUUGCCAUUUGGACGUGCAGCCAAACUCUUGGCGGUGGAUCCCUAAUCUCCAACCAUGUGGUGCUCACUGCUUGGAAACCAUUUGAAGAUCGGAAUGUGAGCGAGAUCCGAGUGUCCUUUAAUCCUAGUAUGGAGUCAUUCAAGGAAUAUGGUGUCAAGUCGAUUGUGCGCCAUCCCAACUUCAGUCGUACAUCGGGGGCCUACAACUUGGCCUUAUUGUUCCUUAAGAAACCUGUUAAAUUCACCACCGAAAUUCAACCCAUUACUCUGGCCACUCUCACAUCGGUAAGGAACUUGGAUCUCACUCAAUGCAUUGCCAAAGGAUCGGGUAUGGGGACAUUCCCAAUGCAGAUAGUGCCAACUGCAACCUGUCAACAGGACUUUCGACGUUGGCUUGGAGCAUCCUUCGAGGUCGAUGGUAGCCUGAUGUGUGCCGGCGGAGGAGUUGGAAGGAAUAUGUGCGAACAAGAUGGUUAUCCACUUGUAUGUCCUUUGGUCAGAGAUCCUUCGAAGUUCCAGCAGGUGGGCAUUGUCAAUUGGCACAUUCAUUGCGGACAGGAUGCCCUUCCCGAUGUCUACACUAAUGUGGCCAAGGUUCAUGAUUGGAUUAAUCAACAAAUUCGUUUGAAUCCAUACGUUGAUGAGCCGUCGGCGAAGGAGGAUAAUGGAGAGCUACCAUUGUGUCCGAUGAAUAUGGAAGAAAUGGAACCCUUUGGACCGGGAGCGGUUCCUUUACCUGUGGGAUGGCAACCAACCAACACCUUUCCGUCCCCUCUUCCCCUUAUUUAA